AUGUCUGUACCGGGAACUAGUCGCCAGGGCCAAUUGAACUUGCCUCUACGAGGACGAGAACCAUUUACUGCCAUGGAAGAUGUCUCCGAGAACAUGAGAGACUUGCCUCUACGACCGCGGGAUCCUCCCACUACCGCAGCAGACAUCUCUGAAAAGACAAGAGAAUUACCUCUACUAGGCCAGCUCCCUCUCACUUUUGCGGUAGAUGUCUCUGGGAGCACGAAAGGCAUCGUCCUUCGCAAAGAGACAGAUGCUAUCACUAAGUUUUGGCGUUCCAUGUCGCCGGAAUUGGUGCCAUUGUCUACCAUUCUUCCUUGGUCGAAAACAGCCCUCCCGUCAAUGGAGAUUUCACAAGUCGAAGAGCUUUAUGUUUCUGGCGGAACUGAUCCUGGUGUUUUGCUGCAGAGUUCAAGGUGCACAUCUAAACUUCAGGACGCCAGCCUGUGGUUCCUCUUAACGGACGGCAUCAUUCGGGAGCAUCGGAUUCAGAAGUUUGCCAAUGCCAUCUACAACGCUGGAAUCCAUGGCACGGCCUGUGUGAUUAUCUUGUUUGGGGAACGCUAUGAGUCACCAUUCGACUGCGACGUUUCGGUUGGGAUCUCUGUGUUUGCCGCGGCGCCACACUGCAUCUUUCUCUUUUCUGAUGUGGAAACCGAUAUCGUGUACGUCUUGCAGGCCAAAGGAACAUUUUCCAACAUUCUCCCCGCAGGGAGGGAGUUCUCGUCGUUUGGAGAGUGGACAAGAUGGGAGGAUCUAGUGACCAUCACAUACGAAGAUCUCUUGAGGGUCGAGGUCCCAUUACCGGUAAAACUGUCCGGGGAUAUGGUUCCUCUCUCAGAUGGAACCCAAUUUGACUUGAUUAGUAUUUAUACUGGCUCCAUAUCCGAAACUGACACACUUACCCUGAUAUCGGACUACUCCGCCUUGGAUGUCAUCCUCGUGGCUGCGACAACAAGGGGUCAACGUGAUAUAGUCAGAAGAUGGAUAAUGGACUCCUGUCUAGCAUUACAGUCUCACUUGAAUGAUAAUAUGCUUCUGCCAGUCGAAGAUAUAGGUGGCAAGGCAACAAAGAUAUUCGUCGAUCUUGUGAGGAAAUUCGAUACUUUGGCCCUGGAUACGCCCGAACCCCGGAAUCUGUGGCAAGCACUCCACAGAUCAAACAGUCUAUCAGAAUUUGGACCCACCAAGUCAAAUCUUCGUGGCCAGCAUCAUCAGAACUGGAUUUCGAAUGUCAAAGCCACUCAUCUUGUGUCAUCAAUGAUGGAGUAUGAACUUGAAGAAGUAUUGAUAAGAUUGAGUGCAUUAAGUCUGCAUGCAAGAUCAAUGCAUCCAAACAACCUUACUCCAAUGACUUCACCGGAUUCAGGAGACACAUCGUCAUAUGAAGCCAGAAGUACUCGACGAGCAAAAAGGCACAGCUCGUUGGUCGGAGUGAGAAGUGUUUCGCAUCUUUCCGAGUCUGGACAGCUUUCGCAUGAUGCGACGCCCGAAUCCAGAGACCACAAAUGCCUGUUUUUGACGGGAUUUAAAGGCCACAGGCACAGAUUCGAGGAAGCUUUUGGGGAGCUCUCAUACUACCAAACAUGUCCUAUCUGUGGACAGAAGGACUCGAUACAGUGUCUUCUUCUCCGAAUCAACACCAGCUCGGAUGUUACCCCCAGUCUUCCACGGAUAAAUAGUGGUUAUGUUGAACAGGGAUAUUCAAUAGUGCUGGGUAGCAGCUACCCGGGUACUGAUAUUAUAUUACCUUUGACAUCAUGUGAUGCUUGCGCAUUUAUUCUGCUCAAUGUCGGAGUCUUACCUAAUGGUGAGCGUGUUGAUGCUGCAUUGCCCUUGGUCCCUCUUGACGAGGAUGGCAAUCGACAGCAAUGGGUCCAAGUCCUCAACAGAGUAUAUCAACACCGCUUUCAUGAUGGUCUCACGCUUGUGGCCUUUCUCUCUUCCGUCUGCUCCGAGAUCGACAAGAUAGCUAAAGAGGAGGGAGCCUCCUCUGGCCUGAUGGAGUGUCUGAAGUGGUGCUGCAGGGCCAUAAGCAAACUUGAUGGUGUGGCUGUGAAUGCUGGUCUCCUACCAGCCGCAAAUCCAUGGUCAACUAUUGAUCCUCACUCGGUGACCUUGCAACAAUAUUUGGUGGGAAGAUUUUCUGAUCCUUGGCAUGAAAGAUAUACUUGCGCCCCACCCCUUCUGGCUUACCCUAUUGAGGGAUUCGUCGCCAUUGUUCGCCUCGCCAGUCUGACAGAGAACAUCACUUCUCCCAUGAUCGAAUUGUGCGUGUGGAAGCGGCUACUUUACCACAUAACUGAGCAGUACUCAGCAUCUUGCAAACAGGGUGGAUCCCAAGAGGCUAGUCGACACCUUGAAGACCACAUAUGUUCGCCAUCGCCUAUUACCUCAAUUACCGUGAAAAAACUGGCUAGGCUUUUCCCUGCACUUGAGCAAUUUGAGCGCAUGGGUAAAUACUUUGCGCCCAUUGUGAAAAGGAGAAAAUAUCACGCUGCUUUGGCGGUCUUUCUGCACCUCAUGCGGGCAAUAUCAAGUCACUUUGAGAAUCUAGAUGCAAGGGGACUUUUCGACAACAUCCUGAUUCGCGAGGACCAAGUGCGGGACGCUGGUAACCCAUCCUGCGAGGUAUUCCAGAAACCAUUACAGGUUAGCAAAGGCGAUGUUGUCAAGUUGAUCAAGGAUGUGUAUGAGCUGAGUUGGGGACCUGUGGAAGAGGAUUGGCGCGAAGAGGCCAAUUUAGCCACACUCGAACAGCUUCCAUCACUUUACUCAGUUUCUGUGGCCCAGCUGGGUAGCCAUCUCCCAUCACUUGAUCAGUUCCGACGCCUAGGUGAUUACUUUGCGCCCAUUGAGACAACGACCAAGUAUAAUGCUGCUCUGGCUGUCUUCCUGCACAUCAUGCGGAAAGUCUCGAUUCUACUCCUGCAUAACCACCUUGAAGUGGGAUUAUUUGUCAAGUACAUAGAGGACUAUGGGCUUCACGUGCAGCAGGCAGACAACCAAUUCUGCAACGUAUUCGAUGAACCAACGCUAGUUGGAGGAGGUAACGUUGAGAAGAUGGUCAAGGAUGUCUAUGAGUUGCAUUGA